AGUUACGUAUAGAGAUCAGUGGAUUUGUCCCUAUUUGUCCCUCAAUUUAACAACACUGGCCGUCAUCCGCUAUGGCCUGCUAUCUGUCAAGCAUGCUAUAGCAUAGCCACUCUUAUUGUUUAGACGUAUGUGUGUGUGUGUGUGUGUGUUUCAGGCUCUUCUCUCUACUUUUAUAAACACAUAGUGUUAGCAAUUUUUAUUUUGUUUGCUCUGCAAUUAAGUUAAUCGGAAUUUAAUCGAAGUGGUUCUUAAUUGAUAACUUGGGCUCAUAUUAUAUAAUAAAAGUGUUUUUAUUUAAUACCACAUGCAAUAUGAACAAAAAUAUCACGAUGCAAAUCCCAAUGUAAGAGACAAUGAUAUUCAGCAAAUGUAAUAUUGUUCGAUGAGAAACUCUAAACAGGUGAUCUAUAGGACAACGCGGUAACAAAAAAUCGACCGCUAAUCAUGUUCACGAUAGAAAAAUAAGGGAUACGGGUUAAAUGCCCUUGUUACGCAAGUUGCUAUUAAGACUGACAAUCCUUGUGUUGCUUCUGGUAGCCCUCUAUUGCUAUCAGACAUCCAAUGGUGGGCACUGGAUUGUGCCCAAUCUGCGAAUGCAAAAUGCAAGCCUGGGAAAUCUUACAACCACCUUAAUGAUAGCCAAUUAUUCCAUUGAAAUUGUUCAAGACAAUUAUUUAUCUUCGACAGCAAGCACUCUGCCACAUGAUUGGACAGAAUAUUACAACAUUUGGUGUAUCUUUACCAAAGUUGCUUCAAAUUCGCCCAUGAGACGCAAGUUUCAAAUAUUUGUAGAUUCCUUGCUCAGAUUGACCUCUGUAAAUAUUGCUUUCCAUGUAAUAAGCGAUGAUGAGAGUCAAAGUAUAGCACAAAUUGUUAUUCAAGAUGUUAAGGUUAAUACUGGAAAGUUUAUAAAGGUAUUUUAUUAUGAUGUACACAAACUGGCCACACAACUGGAGGAUAUUGUGUCAGUUAUGUCCCCACAUUUCAGUAGUAAACCAGGGACAUAUUAUUCUGAUGCAUUAUUCUUUCUCUCACUGGGCAUGCACAAGAUUGCACCCAGCCACCAGAAACUCGCUGCAAUGUUUGAUGCAGAUACAAAAUUUCGCAAAGACGUAAAAGAUUUAUUUGAAGAAUUUAACAAUUUUGGGAAGGAGGCUUUGUUUGGGUUGGCUCCAGAACUAACUCCAGUUUAUCGACACGUUUUAUAUUUAUAUCGUACUAAACACCCAACAACAAUGUUUGGCGAACCUCGACAUAAAGGUGGAUAUCCUGGCUACAAUAGUGGGAUGGUGCUUUUUAAUUUAGAAAGAUUACGAAAAUCACUUGAAUACAAUGAGAUUGUUACUAAGAACAAUGUGGAUACAAUGACAGAGAAAUAUCACUUUAAGGGUCAUUUAGGCGAUCAAGAUUUCUACACGCUUCUAGGCAUGGAAAGACCAGAACUUAUCCACACAGUUGAUUGCGGUUGGAAUAGGCAACUUUGUACCUGGUGGCGUGAUCGUGGUUAUGCGGAUAUAUUUGCUAACUAUUCAGAAUGCCACUCAGAGACCAAAUUGUGGCAUGGAAAUUGCAAUACUCCUAUACCUGAUGAUUAAUGAUUUAUAAUCUUUAUCUAAAUUUAUUCACAUGUAUGCAUGUGUGUGUAUAGUAAAUAUUAAGUAUAAAAAAUGCUUCCGAUUUUUAGUUUUAAGGACAAUGGUAUUAAAGUAUGAACAGAAAUGAUACACAAACAGAGAAGGUUAAAUAGAAUUAUAAAUAAAAUAACAUAAUGACUAUUUAUGUUAAUUAAUAAAUUUAAGAAAUUCUAUUUGCUUUGGAGUUAUUAAUUAAAAAGUAGAAAAAUAUAUAUUUCUCUCCCUAUUCUUUUUUUCUUUUGGGAUUGAAUACUUAUUAAAAGAUUGGAUAUUUGUUGAUAAUGAAUUUCAAUAUUGUUAAUAAUUUAAACAAAGAGCAAAACAUUACAAAAUUUGGCAGAGUUUGAGAAAUACUCAUUUUUAAUGCAAAGUUAAUACAUUAACAUUUGAUAGUGUUUACAAAAUUUGUUUCAAUGUUUUGCUUUUUGCAACUGUGAUUUUUUGUUGCAAUAUACUUUAUUCAUAUAUAUGUUUAUAUGUUUCCUUUACCGUGGCAAUAUACGAUUUGUAUUAUUUAAUAUUAAUAUAAUAAUUGGUUUAUAAUAUGAAUGAUUUCUACAGAUUUAGAGAAUUUAUUACCUUAUAUAUUUGUAUUUUGAGUAAUAUUAUUGGAAAAUUAUAUAUAAAAUAAAUUACGAUAUUGUGAUUAUAUGUAUUACAUUAAAUCAAUAUAUAUAAUAAGUUUAUAUAAGGGUAGUUAUAUUGAAUAAAUGAAUGUGCAUACUUAUGUCAUAAAAUUAAUACAUUCUACUUCACGAAAAUGAACUUAAGC